AUGUCAUUCAUUCAACAGCUUUCCCGUCCACCCCGACUGUCUUUUAAAGACAACUCAUUCUACCUCCUCGACACCAUGGUUCUCACAACUCUCUUAUUACCCUUCAUGCUCUUCCAUUUUGUGGACGCUGCCACCAAUUUCACUCAAUGUCUGUUUGACGUGCGAUCAAGCAUAUAUGGACCUUACGCUGGAGUAGAUAAUACCGGCAUGCGGGUGCCCGAUAUCCUGCGCGCAACCGCAAUUCCUUACGUCGUUUGCGUCGAGAAAUGCGGCUCUGCCCCAGAACCGUUUGCGUGGUCCAUUUUUGGCCAGGAGUUUAGCGCGUGGUUGCUUCCCUACCUUGCUCUGCUGUCCCAGCUACCAUUCGGUGCACAGGACAAGUGGGAUAAUCUCCUAGCCGUUUUUCUCGCCGUCGGAUCCCCAACACUAGCAGCUUAUUCCGUUACAAUCACGGUUUUGAACGGGCGGUGGAUCUCGCGACUGUUCUCCACUUAUUCCUAUCCCAACGCCCAACAUGCUACUCGUAUCUUGAGUAGCUUACAACAAUCUCCGCUCCGCGUUAACCUUGAUGGGUUCCUUCUUUCGUCACUUGUGGUACUGCCGGAAAACGAUGAUUGGUGGAGUGAGCUGGUUGUGUGGCUGAAUUUUACCUACACUUGGUCUAUUUCCGCCGUUGCUUCUAUUGCAUGGGUUGUAAUUGCCUACGUCUUCACCAUUGUUGACUCUUUCACAGAUGACGUCGCCACGACCGUAGAAACCAAUGGUCAAGCAGUAGGGUCCAUAUGGCUAUGGUUAAUCCCGGUUGUGGUGUCGUGGUUGCAGAUAUCGCCCAAAUGUGAUUCUGUCAGAGUCAAACAAGCUCUAGAACGCGCAAAUAUGAUAGCGUAUGUUGCUAGUUAUGACCACAACGUUAUCCCUGCCGCCAUGGUCAAUUCCCAGCGUGCCAUUUAUCUGUGCAGCGAUCGAGACCACAGAUUAUACAUCGAUCAACACAUCAGUGCACCAGUGUACAACUAUGCUCGUAUCUUUUCAUGGACCACUGCCGUCCAGAAAGUAGCAAUGUGUUUCUCGAACGCUACGAGACAUGUUGAAUUUUUCGAACCCGUCAACCCGGAGGCGACAUGGGUCCUCGGUGACCGUCAUCUGAGAAUUCAUCCCGAAAAUCGCUGGGGUUCUUCAGUUCAAGUCGAAACCUACUGCAUCUCGGAAUCAAAUGACGGACGGCUGCCACACGGGUCUGCUAUCUGGACCCGAAUCCUGAUGGCCUCCGUGGCUGCUCUGUCGUUGCAAUGGGGCACAGCCGGUGCUGCGAUCUUGGACGUAAUGCUCACACCUACGACUGGACUUGGUUGUCGUUCAGGUGCAUAUCUUAUAUACGCCACGACGUCGACUUUGGUCUGGAUGAUGCUGGUGUUGUCGAGUAUUCUUGGACAUUAUGCAGAAGAAUCUACCCACAAGCAUCCCCUACGCCCAUACAUCCAACCCUACAAAGUACAUUUCGCAACCUGGUUCUCUGUUCUUCUUCGAAGGGUAGGCAAGACUUUGGCGUUUUGUAAUGCGAUAUGGAUCGUGAUGACCUGCAUAUUUCAAUUUACCGGAUUCUUUAGUCGCUGUUUCUGUAACAGCAGUGUUAUCGGUCGGGGCGCCGCGAAGGCUUACGAUGUUAUCCAAUUCCUCGCUCCAGAUAUCGUGGACAUGAAGAUGGCCUGGGUAGGCGGGCUAGUUCUAGCUACUGGCUCUGCCGUGCUGUUCAUCUUAUUCAUUAACCUUAUGAUCAUUCCAUCUCAAUCCUGA